AUGAUGUCGGCAGAUUUAAACAAAACCACGGGCCAUGGAGUUUAUUUUUCCGGCAACUUCGAAAUUGAAGAACAAGUUUCAAUUGAUUUGAACCGCAAGGCUGAAUACAGAACUUAUGCGGUCUCUAUAAAUUGCGGGGGCGCCGACGGAGGUGAACCAACACGAUACGAAAUCAGGGCCCUCGGCUACGGCCCUUUGUCUUUAGCUCUGAAGGAACGAUUCAUUUACUUCUUGAGGGGUAACUUCUUCCCCAGCAAUACUACAGACACGCUCAAAGAUAAUUUUUAUUUCGAAGGGUCCGACUACACGAUGAUUGGGUCAGCAGACGAGUUUCAGGGGGACGUCGUAGACAGCAUCGGUGUAACCGGUCUUGGAAUCGUCAGUAAACUCAGGCAUGUAAUCGAAGAUUGCGUUCAACAUCUUAAAAACAAGGACGAUGUCGAACCUCUCAAAACUAUUGUCGCUACUGUUAAACACACCGAUUAUCAUCCUUCAUAUAGGUGA